AUGGAGUUUCCUUUAGAAAGCAGAAGAAUGAGAAUAAGCAGGUCCACAGAUAUAGAUGGCGACCAACUAGCCACAAUAGAGCUAGCACCACUGAAGAAGUUAGAAAAAAAGAAGUUGGACGUAGCUGAGAGGAAGAUGUUGAUAUGGAUGGUUGAAGCCACAAAGAGAGGUAGAAUAAGAAAUGACCACAUCAGAGGUACAGUGGAAAGGCGUCGAUUCCUUUGCAAAUGCUCCAGAGGCGACUUGUAUCCGUACAGGCACCUCGCUCCCCCGCUAUGCAUCUUUCCGACGGGACACGAGUGGUAUCUUCGCGACUCGUCAGAUCCUUCGGACUCGGAAAAUGCCUUCGUGUCAGAGGAUUCUUUUGACUCUGAAAAGGGAGAUUCUUUCGACUCGGAGGAUUCUUUUGACUCUGAAAAGGGAGAUUCUUUCGACUCGGAGGAUUCUUUUGACUCAGAAAACGAAGAUUCUUUCGAUUCAGAUUUCGAGUCAGAGGAUUCUUUUGAUUCGGAUGAUCCCUUUGACCCAGAAAAAGAUUUUUUCGACUCAGAAGAUUCUUUUGAUUCAGAAAAUUCUUUCGAAUCAGAAGAUGGUUUUGGUUCAGAAGAUUCCUUCGAGUCAGAUUUCGAUUCAGAAGAUUCUUGCGACUCGGAGGACUUAGGAGAUUCUUUCGAUUCAGAUUUCGAGGCCGUGGAUUCAUUCGACUCAGAAGACGAAGAUUCUUUCGACUCCGAUUCUUUCGAUUCAGAGGAUUCUUGUGACUCAGAAGUUUCCUUUGAUUCAGAGGAUUCUUGUGACCCAGAAGUUAUCUUUGAUUCAGGAGAUUCUUUCGAAUCGGAAAAUUUCGAUUCAGAGGAUUCUUGUGACUCAGAAAAUUCUUUCGACUCGGUUGAUUUCAAUUUUAAGGAUUUCUGUGACUCAGAAGAUUCUUUCGACACGGAGGAUUCUAUCGACUCAAAGGAUUCUUUCGACUCAGAAGAUUCUUUCGUUGCAGAGGAUUCUAUCGACUCUGAUUUCGGUUCAGAGGAUUCUUGUGACUCAGAAGACAAUUUUGUUGCGGAUUCUUGUGACUCAGAAGACAAUUUUGUUGCGGAUUCUUGUGACUCAGAAGACGCAGGAGUUUCAUCCGACUCAGCAGAAACUCGCGACUUUUUUGGCUUUCCGCCAAUGUAG